AUGGCUGCUAGUCGUGCAUUGCACGUGCACGCCUACGAGCGCUCGCGUCCCGUCUACGACGGCUGCUCCCACCCGUGCGGCCCCGUCUACCUCAACCUCGGCGACGGCGGCAACCGGGAGAGCGCGUACGCGCGCUUCAACUGGACGCGCGCCGCGUGCGCCUCGCUCGACGCGGCGGAGGGCCACGUCGAUUGGGACCACCGCCACUGCUUCACGCGCACGCACUACGGAGAGGACAACUCGGCCACCCGCCUCGCCGACACCGACGGCGCCUGGCUCGUCCAGUACUUAGCUCUUUAG